AUGUCGUCUCGCCCGAGACUCUCCACAGCCCGACCGACUCCCUCCCGCCCCUCUCGCCCUUCAACCACCACCACCACCCUCCCAUCCGCCCUCCCACCGUACAGAAAACCCUCCCACCCGCUCACGCCCGAAGCCCAACAAAAACUCGCCCACAUCUACAGCACCAAAGACGCCGAAACUCUAGAGAAGAAAACCGCGCAAGCCAUCCAACUCCUCACGCAACUCGCCGGCACCAUCAACGACGCGCUGCGGGAGCGCGACGCACGCGUGCAACGGCGACGGAAGAAAUGGGAGAAUGGGGAGAGGGCGGAGGAGCAAGAGGUUGAGGAGGAGAAGUUAAGGGUGUUGAGGGAGGAGGUGGGGAGGAUGACGGAGGGGUUGGAGAGGAGUGUGCGUGAGGCGAUUGAUGAUGGGGAGGCCGGGAGGAGGAUUCAGGAAGUGCUUGCUUGGUUGAAGAGAGAGGCGGGGGUGAGGAUGAGGAGGGAGUGGGAGGGGAGGAUGAGUCAGGUGCAGACGCAGACGCAGAUGCAGACGCAGGGGCGGCAGACACAGACACAGAAGAGGAGGAGGAGGGAUACGGAUGCGGAUAUGGAUGAUGGGGAGGAAGAGGAAGAGGAGGAUGAGGGACUGACUCCGGGGCCUACGCCGUUGGGGCAGGAGAGGGUGGAGUUGACGGGUUUGAGCGAUAUGUAUACCGAUCGUAUGGAGAGGAAGAGGCUCGAGUAUCAGUCCUUCUCGCACCAGGCCCGCUACGCCCAGAACAACGAUUACAUCGGGUUCAAGCAAGUUGUGCACGAUGCGACAUUCGGAGACGAUGGGCCACCGCUGCCGCGUGCCGAGACGUGGUUUUCCGAGCGGGGAGCUCCGGCUCCGGGAAUCACUGCUAUGGGAGACGGCGAUGAUGAUGAUAUCGUGAUGGAUAGGGCGACUGUGAGCACGAGAUGCCCAAUUACGUUUCAGCAGUUCAAGGAGCCGUUUUCGUCGAAAAAGUGUCCGCAUUCGUUUGAAAAGACUGCGAUCUUGCAGUUCAUUCGGAGGUCCGAGACGAAGGUGAGGGGGGAGAGGGCGAUUCAGUGUCCCGUUAGUGGGUGUGAGCAGAUGCUCACGGCCAACGACCUGCACGAGGACCUUGUCCUCAUCCGCAAGAUCAAACGCAUGCAGAAAGCCGAAGCGCAAGACGCAGAAGAGAGCGAAUCUGAAGAAGAAGACACUGCACCUCGCACGCGGACACAGACUCGAGACUUCUCGACAACAGAGACUCCGAUGGGAGACGAGCCUCGCGCAAGCGUGUCUGCGAGCCAGAUGCCGCCGCCGAGCUCGGAGGUUAUCGACAUGGGGGAUCCGAGUGAUGAGGAUGAUGAAGAGUAG